AUGGAGGAUUCAGUCCUAUACCAUUUCGCGACUGUCAAGCAAACUCGCUCCAAUCGGGAAGACAUCCAGUAUGAUUUACAGCUUCGUCAACAACCAAAACGAUCGCGCAUGUGUGGUGUAGGCGAGAAAGCUGAUAGGAGACCUAUUGAUCCUCCACCUAUUGUGCAACUCAAGGUUAAUGAUCCUAAUCUACCAUCUUCGGACCAGCAUUCGUUCUUGCAAAAUCCUUAUUAUUUCAUGUAUGCGUCAUUGAUGGCGGCUGACUUGGAUGAAGAACUUCACCUAUUACGGGAUGGCAAAACUCGAAGCACCACAGGCUCGGUCGUCUCAUCACUGUACCACCUCAAGGACAUUGACAACUCGGAUGCUGGAUUCUUUGUCUUUCCAGAUUUAUCGGUGCGAGUGGAAGGACAUUAUCGCCUCAAAUUGAGCCUUUUUGAAAUUAUUGGCAAGGAUGUCUAUCAUUGUCGAUCCAUCAUAUCCGAUGUGUUUGUGGUUUACUCGGCCAAAAAGUUUCCUGGAAUGGAAGAAUCGACAUUUUUGUCACGAGCCUUUGCUGACCAAGGACUCAAGAUUCGCAUCCGAAAGGAAUUACGACAACGGAAAAAGAAUAGCCGAAGAAAGGAGCCUGAGGAUGAUAGCAGCAUGCUUUCGGUGGAGGAUAAAAGCAGCAAACGAGUGAGAAAUGAUGAACACAGCAUUUUGGAGCCAUCUGGAUCAGAGGGAUCGCCUGCUUCAGGCUCAAGGACGCCGGCUGGUGGUAGUGGAUCAGGUGAUUUGAACAUGUACCAGCAACCCAAGAGUUACACGUAUCCAUCUUCGUCAUCAUCAUCCAGCUAUCAACAACAGUCAUCAGAUCGAAUGUUGGCUUCUGUCACAAGUAGCAGCAACAAUAACAGUAAUAUACCUCCAACACAUCCUCCCCAUCAUCAUCAACAUCAUCAUCAUCCAUCCGCUCUUUCCAUUGCCACAGCAUCGAUUUCUACCACAUCUUCAUCCACAAGCCCAACAGCUCCUAUCGUUGCAUCUUCCACUACAUCAUCACACUUUUCUCCACAACCAUCCAACCCUGUUGAUGCUCGUUAUCAAAACAUGCGUAUCGAUUAUCCAUCCAUGCCAUUACCAGCACCACAACAACAACCUGGUUUGGUACGUCAUUACGCUGAUCUUACUUCCUCGACAGACGCCUCCAAAAUUUCUUCCGCUACACAUCAUCAUCCUGUACGACCUUGGAGCGAUAGUAACAUUACCACCGAUUUUCAAUGGCGACGAAGCAAUGAUGACCGGGCAUAUGAAUACAAUGAUCUCUCGGCAGCAGCAGCAGCAGCAGCGGCAGCACAACAGCAACAACAACAUCAUCACAGAAUAUCCAGUCGACCUACAGAUCACCAACGAGAUGAGUUUGCAACAAGAACAGUCGCGGGUAUCCCUGGCAACGAAGGUGUUGCUGCUGCUGCUCCACAACAACAAUCCUUACUGUACACAACCCAACAACCACGCUAUUCAGUAACACCUGAUUCGUACUACUCCCCAGUAUCACCCUUUGCACGACCACCCACUGAAACACAGGCACCGUAUUCGGCUCUUCAUCAUCCUCAUAUGUCAGCAAGUGCACCUUCUACACCCAACAGCGGCAGUGGCAGUGGCAGUGGCAGUGGUGGUGGUGGUCAUCCUCCCCCACAUUCAUCACGUAAUCCACCCAUGCCAGGCUUUGUCGAGAGACCCCAACCCCAAAGAGCUCCCAACAUCAAUAGCCUUCUCACUGAUAUGCGUAUAGAACACAGAGAUCGACAAGAAUGA